AGGCUACGCGCCCCGCUGAGAGGCAAUUUCAUCUCAUAUUUACAAACUGAUAAAGUGCAUUUGUUUUAUAUAUGCGCUCCUGUGUUAGCAUAUAAGAGUGCGCAAAAAGCGCUUCCCGUCUUGCCCGGUUUCUGUUUGUGUGCAUGCACGUGUGUGUGUGUGAUUGUGUGCAACAUAACCGGCUUAUUUACAUUAAAUACGCCACAAGGUUACAGUGCAGAUGAGCGUCAUUUUAUCACUCAUUACUUCUCUCUUAUACUGACUGAUGCUCGCGCUCUCCUCUCGCCUCACUGGACUUUUUCUCGAGGAUACAAGACUUCAGAUACUUCCCCCAAAAGCUGACAGUGUGUCCCGGUCCUUGGUAUCUCACAGAGUAAAGGCUCAUCGCCAGUGUCAUCGAUUGUUGCCGUACAGACUCAGUGGUGGGGUGAGUCACGGACUCUUCAACCUGACGGGCCCCGGACCAGUAUGCAGUUAGAGUGAUCAGGGGAAUGCAGCAACAUCAUUAUCCUCCCUUAAGAUGGAUGGAGGACUCUAGUUUGUGCCUUGGUGUAUCCUCGGUGGUCCCGGAUGCUGACACCCAUCUCAGCAAUGCAGUACUUAAUGGCCGCUACCCAAUCAGUCAGAAACUUCAUCAGCUGACUGCUCAGCUGGGUCAUGCCUUUCCUGAACUACAGAGUCGCCAACAGAUCCCAGAGGAAAAGGCAGCCACCCCGCUGGAUGAGAAAACCCAUGCUGCCUUAGCUAGUCAGCCAAUCAGUAGUCAGAUGGCCUUACUGGCCAACCAGCUUAACCGUGACAUGGAUGUGGGUGCCCUGAGUGGUCUCAAUGGCCGUGUUGAUUUGCAACAAUUUCUCAAUGGACAGAACUUGGGUAUCAUGUCCCAAAUGAAUGAAAUAGAAGAUGAUGCCCGUAAGAACCGCAAAUACCCCUGUCCACUAUGUGGCAAGCGCUUCCGCUUUAACAGCAUUCUGUCUCUUCAUAUGCGUACACACACUGGAGAAAAGCCCUUCAAAUGCCCCUAUUGUGACCAUAGAGCUGCUCAAAAGGGUAACUUGAAGAUCCACCUCCGCACCCAUAAGCUGGGAAAUCUUGGUAAGGGCCGUGGUCGUGUACGUGAGGAAAACAGACUGCUUCAUGAACUUGAAGAGAGGGCCAUUCUACGUGAUAAGCAAAUGAGGAGCAACUUGCUGCAACCCUCUCAACCUCUUCCAACCCACUUGGGUAUUCAGAGUCACAACCAGCAACAGCCUGGCUCAGCCUGUGGCCUGCUCACUCCAACUAGUUUUAGUGGCUCACCUGAUGGACUGAGCCAGCCGUCUGCCUCACCUAAGCCUGCAGGUGCCAACCUGCAAGAUGAGCAAGCCCUCAAUCCAGCCCAAGGAUUUCGGUGCACUUUUUGCAAGGGUAAAUUUAAGAAGCGCGAGGAGCUAGACCGCCACAUUCGCAUUCUCCACAAGCCCUACAAGUGUACCCUGUGUGAAUUUGCUGCUUCCCAAGAGGAGGACCUCAUCUCCCAUGUGGAGAAAACCCACAUCACAGCUGAAUCAGCCCAGGGACAAGGCACAGGAGCUGGCAAUGGAGAGAAGCCAAACAAUGAAUUUCGAUGUGAAGUUUGUGGCCAGGUCUUCAGUCAAGCUUGGUUUCUGAAAGGCCACAUGCGGAAACACAAAGACUCCUUUGAGCAUUGCUGCCAGAUCUGUGGGCGCCGUUUCAAGGAGCCCUGGUUCCUUAAGAAUCACAUGAAGGUGCAUCUAAACAAGCUGGCCAUCAAGAGCAAGCCCCCUAUAGGUGGAGGAGCUGAUGAAGAUAGACCCUCUGUGAACAGCAUGAGUAGCUUGGCACAAGAAGCCCACACCAAUCUGUAUUCACGUUACAUUUCUUGUCUACAAAGUGGUUUCCUCACACCCGACAAGCAAGGCCUGGCUGAACAGCAGCACCAGAUGUUGGCAAAGGCAGGUAUAGCUAUGAAGGAGAAGGAGAUGCUUGGAAAGCUCCUAAACCCAGUGGCCAACAUGGGCCACGGCUUAGGGGAAAAUGAAAAGCGCACACUCUUGAGUUGCCUCAACCUGGUACCCCCUCUGAAGUCAAGCUGUAUGGAGCGCUUGCAAGCCGCAGCAAAGGUGGCGGAGAUGGACCCCCUGAACAGCUAUCAGGCCUGGCAAAUUAUGGCUCGUGGAAUGGCUAUGGAACGUUCCUUCAUGCCAAAAGAGCAGCACCAUGGGGGGCAUGGACAAGAAGAUGAACUUACUAGUGCAGCUGGGAUUGUUCACUUUGGGAAAGACAAGCUUGAGCACCCAACCUUAGGCUCUAUUGAUGGUUCCAAGCAGAAGCAACACCCUGAUGUCCUUCAUGGAGUGAAGACAAGUGGAGGCAUGAUGCCUUUGAAAGAUGAGGGUGUAAGCUUUGAUAGCCACCGUGAGUUCUUGCCUCACCAUGGGGCUCUGAGCCUGGGCCAAGGGCUUGAGUACAGCCUGGCUGGCUUGAAAGAGAAAGCAACUGAGUGUCCCGACUGUGGUAGAGUUUUUAGAACCUACCACCAGAUGGUGGUCCACUCCCGGGUACACAGCAAGGACCGUCGAACCCUAGAGGACAGCUCCCAGCAUGGUCUGGACGAAAGGCGUGGCUCAGCUAGCGACCCUGAAUCUCAAUCCAUCAGCCGAUCCACCACCCCAGGCUCCUCCAAUGUGACAGAGGAAAGUGGUGCUGGAGGUGGGCACUCCCAAACGGGCAGUGUGCAGGAUGACAGUCCCCACCCUUCUUCUCCUUCUUCAGAUGUCGGGGAAGAGAUGGUGAAACCUGUGAGUGCUGUCCAGCCCCCCACGACUCAGCACCGGGAACGGAGUGUGGGUUCAGGCAUGAAGGACUGCCCCUACUGUGGCAAAUCGUUCCGCACCUCCCACCAUCUGAAGGUCCAUCUAAGAAUACAUACAGGUGAAAAGCCCUACAGGUGCCCUCAUUGUGACUAUGCAGGCACUCAAUCAGCUUCUCUGAAGUACCACCUGGAGCGCCAUCACCGUGAGCGACAGAAUGGUAGUGGCCCCUCAGCCAACCACCCUCCAUCUUCAGACCACAAGGAUGACCACACCAAGAACAGCAGUAGCAGUGGGGUCUUUGCUCGACCCGAUGUCCUACGCGGUGUCUUCAAAGGGGUGAUGCCUUCUGGUCUUGACUUCAGAGGGGGUCCAAUGCUCCCACAACAGUGGAUACCACCAGGAAUGCUCUCACCCAGAGACAGAGACCGUGAAAAGGAACGAGAUCGCCACGGACCAGGGUCAGAGGCCACCACAGAGAGCAUGAAGAGUCCUGAGGGGCCAGCCUCUGCAGCGGACAGUCCUGCCAGCUUCUCCGACCUGGGCCGAGCCUACCAGAGUAUGGUGGGAAAUGGAGUCAACUUCCAGGGCUCCCUGCAGGCUUUUAUGGACAACUUUGUCCUCAACUCCAUGAAGAAAGAGAAAGAGAUGAGAGAGAGACAGCUGCAUAGUCAGCACUUUAGCCAGGAGAGUGCGGAUGCCAAGACCAAAAGAGCCAGUGAGGCCAACCAGGAAGAGAAUCCCACCAGUGACGUCAAGCCAGCUGUGGGUGGCCGCUCCCAGUAUGAGCCUCUGGAUUUGUCUGUUAGACCUGAAGCAGGGUCCCUCCCUGGAGCUUCCAUCACCAUCCAGGACAAUGUCGCCUGGCAUGGCUGCCUCUUCUGCUCCUUCACAACUCCCUCUGUUGAGCUGAUGGCCCUCCACCUGCAAGCAAACCACCUGGGUAAAGGCAAGUGUGGCCCAGGAAAAGAUACUAAGGAGCACCUCCUGGGAGAACCUUCCCAUGUAGGAAAAGCUACUGGCUUGGCUCCUCCACCACCAAGCCUUCUUCACCACCAUGAGGGAGCCCCGUCCAGGGACAGAGAGACUGAGUCGGGGGAUCUGAAGGGACAAGCAGGCUGGUCCAACCAUCUGGAGCAGCCCUCGCAUGGAGUCUCCAUGGGCACAUUCUCCAGUGACUUCUACAAGCCCUUUGGUCCUGUGUAUGAUGGCUCUGCUAGAGGGUCUGGUGGUUACCUAGACCAGCAGCAAAUUCAGCCCAAUGAUAUGGGUGGUCAGGGCCUUCUGGAUGACCUAUACGACAAGGCGUCCUGCAGCGAAAUAGAGGCAUCUGAAGAACAUGGCGGCCAGUCUGAGGAAGAUGAAAUAAGUUGUGACAAAUCAUUGUUGAACCCCACUGCUACAGAGAGGCAUAUGCAUUCAGAUGAUGAAGAGGAGGCAGAGGAAGAAGAAGAGAUGGAGAUGGGUGAUGCUGAGGAGGAGGACCAUGGAUCCAUGCAAAUGCUUUCUGAAUCUCCAUUGUCAGGGAAGGACAUCCAAAGAUGCAAGCUGACUAUGGGCCCCCAAAGCUCUGGCCUUUCUCCUCCUCAGCCUCCUACCCCUGAGAAGCAAUGGCACCAGCAGCAGACAGGCCUUGGUCUUCUGACCCCAAGUGGUGGUCCUGAUCAUGCCCACCUGGAGCAUCAGAUGAACAUGUUAUCUGUCCUACGGGCCUACAGUUCAGAGAACCUCGCAGCCUUCAAUGGAGGCAUUGAAGGCAGCCCCAAUGGAGGAGGCAGUAGCACCAGCAGCAUGAAAAGAAAUGACCCCUCUGUUCAUCUGUGGGCGGAGGAAGAGGCAUCCCGAAGGUUUGGCCCUGCUCUUACCCCUGAACAUAGCCUAACUGACACAGAGAUGCAGGACUAAUCAGAAACUAGCAUCACCUCCCCCUGCUGGACUGAGCGGCCAAGAGCAGGCGAUGGAAAAAGAGGAAGAGGACUGGAACUAUGAAGGACAUUAUCUUAUCAAAAGCAUUAUUUAACGUAAAAGACUUCAUAAGAGAGAGAGAGAGACUUAUAAAAUGGACAGCUCAGAUGGUUUCCUACACAAGCUUUCUUGCUGGAUGAAGGAAAGAAGAUCUAUUAAUGUUUAGUGAGCUGGAAACAGCUUUUUUUGCUUCCUGUGUUUUAUGUGUCUUGAAACCUCCCUUGUGUAGCUGAUAAAUACUUUCUGUGCUUUUAAUUGCUUUUUUGACUUUGAAACUUCGACGUGCUUGUCCCUCAGAGCAACACAUUCCUUGAACCAAGAUGGCAGCCAGUUGCCAGUCUCAGAAUGAGAGAGUGAGAAACUGAACAGACUUCUCUCUCUCUCUCUCUCUCUCUCUCUCUGUGUGUCGGUGUUUCUCACUGCCCACUGAAACUUCACAGUGUUCGCUAAAUCAUUCCUCUGGACGUUUGGACCAGCCCACUACACGUUUGGAGACCAAGCACACUUUUGUGAAAAACUCCUUUGUAAUCAGCACACUCUCAGCAGUCAGUGCCUGGACGUCAAAGCAGAAGAAUGACAAUCUAGUACUUUCGGGAAACGAGAACACUCCAUAAAAAAAAGGGAAGCUACGCCUUUUUCUUAGAGAACUGGCGACGUGUUUUCACCAUCCACGAUUUGUUCUCCUGCUGUGUUUGUGAGACGUUCAGAGCUGAACUCCAGAGAAAGAGGACGCUGUAGCAUCCAAGACAAAAACCAGCCGAGGUGACAGAAGAACUAGCAUGUCUGAUGAAACAGAAAUCAAACAGAAAUGUGGCCCUAACCCUACACGCUUUGAUCUCAGCCUUGCUCAAUUCAAGUACUUUGAAGAGAUUGUGUUUGUAAUAUACUGCUACCAAUCAGUGUUGCAAAGUGUUACUGACUACUGAAAUGGUUUGAUGUAUUCGAUUAGUAAAGAAAAAGAAAAAAAAGAAACAUGCGAACAAGAAUCAAGUAUUGUCUAGCCAUAGAUACAGUCAUGGGUUGUUGCAUUUACAAAGCUAGCUGUUUUAGAUUGUAGGUAUUAGAUUGGAGUACUGUAAUUUUUGCCUUUCACCUUUGUAAAAUACCAAUAACAUUAAAAGAAAAGGAAAAAAAAAA